AUGUUCUCAGAGGUAAGUGGUUCCAGGGAGGGCGGAUGUUCUCUGCUGUGUCACCCUGGCUCCGAAGACCGGGAUCCCACAGUAUUUGACAGGGUCAAGCCAGCCUACUCCCCCUGCGCUGAUCGCUUUAGACUUGGGGACCGCAGUUUCAAUCGUCAAUAUGCACACAUCUAUGCAACACGACUCAUGCAGAUGAGUCCCCUACUCACAGAGAGGGCCCAUCAGAAAUGGGGUGCUGAUGUACGAAUCAAGAAAUUGUGUGAUCUGCAGAUGGGUGAGCAGUGUUGCAUUGUGGGAACCUUAUUUAAGCACAUGGAUCUGCAGCCGUCCAUUCUGAAGGAGAUCAGUGAGGAGCACAACCUGCUGCCCCAGCCACCACGUUCCAAGUACAUCAGCGAUUCAGAUGAGUUGAUCCUGGAGGAUGAGCUGCAGAGGAUCAAACUUGAGGGCAAUAUCGACGUGGACUUGUUUGUUACAGGAAGUGUUAUUGCUAUAUACGGGGCAGAGAAGAAUGAUGGAAAAUUCACGGUGGAAGAUUUCUGUACUGCUGACCUCCCUCCUCAGACUCCCAGAACCUUAGUCACCUCUGACAGGUUUGUGCUACUGGUGUCAGGUUUGGGCUUGGGCGGUAGCCAUGCCGACAGUAUGCUGGCCUUACAGUUACUUGUUGACAUGGUAACGGGUCAGCUGGGUGACCAGGGGGAGCAGGGCGGUGCUGCGACCAUCUCCAGGGUCCUGCUGGCCGGGAACCUUCUGAGCCAGAGCACACAAGACAAGGAUGCAUCCACCAAGGCUAAGUACUUAACUAAGAAGACCCAGGCAGGGACUGUGGAGGCCGUUCGUCUCCUGGAUGAGAUGCUGAUGCAGCUGGUGGCCUCCGUGCCGGUGGAUGUGAUGCCGGGUCAGUAUGACCCCACUAACUACACCCUUCCCCAGCAGCCCCUACACCGCUGCAUGUUCCCCCUGUCCUCCACCUACCCCACCCUGCAGCUGGCCUCCAACCCACACCAGGCCACUAUUGACGGGGUGAGGUUCCUGGGCACAUCAGGACAGAAUGUGCUUGACAUCCAGAAGUACAGCGGAAUGGACAGUCAUCUGGACAUACUGGAGAACACACUGAGGCUCAGACACCUUGCCCCCACUGCACCCGACACGCUGGGCUGUUAUCCGUUCUACCUGAAAGACCCUUUCAUCCUGGAAGAAUGUCCUCAUGUGUACUUCAGUGGCAACGCCCCCUCCUACCAGUCCAGAUGCAUAACAGGUGCUGAUGGUCAGGAGGUCCUCCUGGUAGCUAUCCCAGAAUUCAGCAGCACUCAGACGGCGUGCCUGGUUAACCUCAGAACUCUAGAGUGUGAACCAAUCAGCUUCUCUUCCUUUAAUGCUGGUGACGACGAGGAAAGUGAAAUGAACAUCAGCCACUGAAUGAGACAGAACCACGUCAGAACCUCCCUUGGUUUUCCAAGGGAGUCCGGUUGAAUAAUAUCAAGGAGUUUGAUGUCUGUUAAGGUGGUUGCUGUUUUCAAAGUCACCAAUCAAAGUAAUGUCACCAGUAUCUAGUAUGUAAUGAAUAGGUUGGUUCAACAAUGGUAUGCAGUUAUGCCAGUACUGUUUGGCUUGGAACCUGUUACAAAUGAAAAUGUAUGGUGUGAAAAGGAUUGUAAUGGAACUAAUUAAGUGUUUUGUGUGCCAGUGCCCAACCAACGCACGGUCCCCAUUUUGGUCUGGUGAACAUUAAGAAAGAGACAAAUGAUGUACUUAAACAAGCCUUUAUUCAUUGAAAAAAUAACUUUUCUCUACCUCAGCUAGAGGAAAAUCUCUCUUGGUUUCUCUUUCAACCUUCAAAAGACAUUUUGUCAAGUUACUGUCUGUCAGCAUUAUGGCUUUGUUCUCAUUAGUGAAAAUAAUGUAAAUAAAUCCACACUUUUAUAAGAAAUAAA